AUGGUCGAAACGGUUAAUUCGUUAGAAGAUCUAUGCCGUCUAUGUGCUGGAAAAAUAGAUGUUCUCAUGGGAAUCAAUAUAUUCGAUUCGGAUCAUAGGCAAAUAUUUAAAAAAAUAACCGUGUGCCUUCCAAUACAGAUUUCAAUUGAUGACAGUUUUCCCAAAAUGGUUUGCGUUGAAUGUGCCUGCAAACUUGAUCUACUAUUUGAUUUUAGAGAGAGAAGCAUAUUAACAGCACAUCUUUUUACCAAUAUGAUAACUGUUAAUAAUGAUAACAUAAUCGAACAGACAAUUUCAUUACAAGAAGAAGAAGAACAACAACAACAACCUGUUGUCAUGGAAUCUAAUUAUAAUCAAGAUAAUGAUGAUGAUUUUAAAAUUCAUUCUCCAAAGUUCAAAAACGAUUUGUUAUCAUCACAAGUUUGUUCAACUGAAUGUGAAAAUAAUGUACAUGAGAGUAACAUAGUUUUGGAAUCGUCGACAGAUCUUGUACCUGAAAUGAAAUCAAAUUCAGAUUUGAUAUUAAGUGACAGUAAGAUGAAUGAUGAUGAUGAUGUCGGUGAUGUGGAUGGUAAAAAGGAUGUUGUUAGCGAUCCUCCUAAUGUGGAAACUGUCAAAAAUCCUCAGACUGUUUCAUCGAAAAAAAAUGUCAGAUUAAAAACGGGUGGAAAAAAAAACGAAAGUAAAGUUUGUAUGGAAUGUGGUAGACAAUAUCAGACGAAUUAUAAAUUACAAGAACACAUGAGAAAACACACUGGUGAAAAACCUUAUUCAUGUUCUUAUCAGGAUUGCAAAAAGGCAUUCAGAUCGAAAAUCGGUUUGGCACAACAUGAAGCAAAUCAUUCGGGUCAAUAUGAAUUUUCAUGCGGUACAUGCGGUAAAGGAUUUCAGUGUAAAUCGUAUUUGGUAGUUCAUCAAAGAGUUCACAGUGAUUUAAAACCCUACGUUUGCAAACAGUGUUCUCAAAGGUUUAAAACGAAACAGAGUUUGUUGGAUCACAUGAACAGGCAUUUAGGAGUUAAACCUUUUCUAUGCGAUAUAUGCGGAAGAGGUUUUUUAACGAAAGGAUUAUGUAAAUCUCAUCAGAAGGUUCAUUCCGGAACGGAUAAUAGGCAGUAUCCAUGUAACGUUUGUAGAAAAUUAUUUGUUAGCAAAUCAUAUUUAAAUACUCAUUUUAGAAUACACACGGGAGAGAAACCUUUCAUGUGUGAGGUGUGUGGAAAAGGUUUUUUAACAAGAGUCGAUCUUAGAAUACAUUCGACGAUGCACACGGGAGAGAAAAGUUUCGUUUGCGAAAUGUGUGGUAAAGCAUUUGCGAGGAGAGAUGCGUUGAGAUGUCAUAGACGAUCUCACACGGGAGAAAGGCCGUACAAAUGCGAAUUUUGCGGUCAAAGUUUCACGCAGUUUAGUCCUAUGGCCAUACACAAAAGACUACACACGGGAGAACGUCCGUACGAGUGUGACGUAUGUAGGAAAACGUUCGUUUCGAAAUCCACAAUGAUUUCCCAUAAGAAAAAACAUCAUUCGACGACAAAUAACGAGGAAUCUCAAUUUCAAUUGGUAACCGUCGAAGUACAACGGGAUGAUGGAAAUUUAGCCCCAGAAGAAGGACACCAACAACAGCAGCAGCAGCAACUUGUCGUCAUUGACGAAUCCUCGCCAUUAUAUUUAACGAUAAGCAAAAGACAUUCUGGUACGGAAUCGUCGUCGUCGUCGUCGAAAAUAAAUUCAUUAAACUCUUUGAAAAAUGAAAAUUCUACCGUAUCAGUUGAGUGA